AAAAGUGUAAUCAAAAAUGUUAAAAGAAUUUACUUACACGGAUUAAUUAUAAUUUUUUUCUUUUUUUUUUCUGACGGAUUAAAUUAACAAGGUUAAACAAUUUUUGGAAAAGUUUGUAUUUUGAAUGACACGCAAACCGAACAAAUGCUGGUAUGCUUUGUUAAGAAGAGGCCUUAACUGAGACAUACUAAAUUCAUAUACACGGACAUACACAUCCAUAUAGACGCUAUAUAUCAUCAAAAGAGGUGUAGAAAGGAAGGAAAAGAGAGAAAAAGGAAUAAAGAGAAGGAAGUGAAGAACGCUAAGAAAAGAAAAUUUAUCAUUCAGCAAAUUAAGCAUACACUUGAACUCUGUCACAUUUAAAAUGGCACCGUCCCAGAGGUACUCGAGCUUAUCACUGUCAUUAUCAUCGCUAUCAUCGUUAAUCACACACUUGAAAACUGGCCUUUUUAUACGCAAAUGUCUAGUAUUGUUAGCCUUUGUCGGCUCCAGUAGUGGUGCCCUGUUAUCGUACGGUAGCUUAGAGUAUGACGCAGCCAUGCAAUGGGAUCACGUUGUUGAUUUAAAUGAAGAUUUUCGCCUCCACUGGACAAUCAUUAAUCAGGAUAUAACGUUUGAGCUGCAAGUGCGGACAUUAGGUUACGUAGGUUUCGGUUUCUCGAAAGAUGGGAAAAUAGCUGGCGCUGAUAUGGCGGUCGGUUGGGUAGAAGGCGGCCAUACAUUCUUUCAGGAUCGUUAUGUAGACUUGAAGGGGUCACCGGAACCGCACAUUGAUCCCUCACAAGAUUACAUUUUAAUUAAGGGCUACGAAAAUAGUACUCAUACGUUGCUAAGAUUUCGACGGAAACUCGAUACGUGCGACCACGAUCACGAUAUGAUUAUUAAUAAUAACACUAUGCGAGUUAUGUUCAUGUAUAAUGAUGAAGAUCCACCGCGUGGACUUGUUACACCAGGUCCACUACCUAAUCCAGAGGAGGCCUGGCGCACCUACAAGUCGGUUUUGUUGUUACAAAAAUCACCGCUAUACUUACCCCAUUAUGAACCCAGUGCCCGAGUUUUGGAACUGCGCAAUCAGGAGGUUGAACUUCCUUACGGGGAUGACUCCCUUUUAUGGUGCAAACUUUUUAAACUUGAUAAGUUGGAUAAGAAGCAUCAUAUUGUUAAAUACGAACCCAUAUUUGAUUCAUCAUGGAGUUACCAUUAUUUGCAACAAAUUACUUUGUAUGAAUGUCCGACAAUUGGCAGUGAAAUUGAGAAAUUAUCUCGCGAUGUUGGUCAUAUGUGUAUGGGCGCUAGCAGUUUGCCAUUGGGUUGCAAUGCUAUUGUAGCCUCGUGGACUCGCGGCUCCGAAGGCUUUGUCUUUCCAUCCGAAGUCGGUUAUCCAAUAGAAUCACAGCAUGUUAAAUAUUUUUUAAUGGAAACGCAUUACAGCAAUUUGCAGGCGACAUUCGAGCCAUAUCAAAUGCGUCGCAUGACCGACAGUUCUGGUUUGAAAAUAGUAUUCACGCAGGAUUUGCGACCACACGAUGCGGGCGUAUUGUCAAUCGGUAUGGAUCCCAACUGGCGUCAUAUCAUACCACCGGGACAGAAGCGUGUAGUUUCGCUCGGUCAGUGUUUGGAGGAUUGCACUGGUGCGGCCUUUCCCUCGCAGGGCAUCAAUAUCUUUGCUGUCAUGAUGCGCUCUCAUCAAAUUGGCAAAGAAAUUAAAUUGCGCCAGAUACGGCAAGCUGAGGAGCUCUUCCCCAUCGCUUACGACAACAACGUUGACGCAAACUAUCAAGACUUUCGACGUCUUGCCCAUCCUGUACGAUCUCUGCCGGGCGAUAGAUUGGUCGCCGAAUGCAUUUAUGAUAGUUCGUCACGAAAGGCAAUUACUUUAGGUGGACUUACUAUGAAGGAGGAGACCUGUACGGUGUUAACACUUUACUAUCCUCGCCAAAAGCGCCUGACAACGUGUCAUUCAUUGCCGAGCUUACCGACCGUACUGCACUCGUUGGGCAUUGAACAAUUGGCCACGAAUUCGAAUCCGGUGGUUAUAUCAUCACCGCCUCAGUUAGCUGGCAUGACUCUGGAGACUCGGCUUCUGUCUUAUGAUUGGGAGAACCAAUUUGGCAAAUUUCAAGAGGCGACAUUGCAUGGCACCUUUAAACCGAUUUGUAGCGGAGCUCACAACGAAGUUGUACCGAUAUCUGAGCAUUUUUUAGGCUACAAUAAGAACAUAACGAAGACAUACAAAGAGCCGCGUCGUUGCAAGCCGAAACGUUUAUUUGUCACUGAGACGAUACCACAACUAGAAUUACCUGUUCUGCGCGAUACUGAAAGCAAUCACAUUGGCGAAGGCUCAGUGCGCAGCAGUCGCAGUUCUUUCAUUGAAACAUUAGCUUUAAGCGGUUCGGAGUCAUCAUCAUCUAGACAUCGUUUGGCAUUCUUUGGCCUGCACGUAAUUAGUAUGCUGUCAUUAGUGCCGUUGUGGCUGGCCAGUUGAAACAGUUAUCGCUUGAUAAACUAAAACUGAUACGAAACCAACCAACCAACCAACCAACCAACCAAGUAACUAACAAAUAACACGAUGAGCAAUAUUUUGACAAUGAGACAAUGACAAUGACGAUGAUAUUAAUCAAUCUCGGCGCAAGCGCAUGCCCAUGUAACCAUGCACUGCACUGCUUUGCAUUGCAUUACAACAUUUGUAGGAUUCUCUCCAACUAUAAGCAAUAGAUAAUUGUGCCGUGAACCACUAGAGUUAUCAUAGUUGUAGUGCUUUAGUAUUGUGUACAUAGUUAAAAUUAACAAAUAACUACUAACGUAAUGAAUGUUGUUGUAUUAGAUGUUUAACAAAUAAACAAAUAAAUAAAGUAAACACACAAACAAACAAACAAACAAACAAAUACACGCAC